AUGGCUGCUCCUAGCAACUCUUCCUCUUCCGCGAAAGUCCACUGGCUCGGUGACAAACCUGACUUCACCCAGGGAACCACCUUUGGCGUCCCCUGGCCUCAAUCCAAGCAUUUUCCCAGGACCACAAAGUUUACUGCCUCCGGUGCAUCCGGCCAAGACAUUGACCUUCAAUCCUGGGUCACCGGAUACUGGGCUGAUGGCUCAGUGAAGUGGACUGGACAUGCUAUUGGGGCAUCGGAAAGUGUUCUCGAUGAGUAUGUUGUCAAGGCCACCACUUCCACCGGCGGCAUUAACUCAACUGUGUCGGCUGGAAAAAGUGGAAGUGGUAUCACUGUUACUCAAACUUCUGGCGAGAUCAAGGUCGACACCGGAAAGGUAACUGCCACCUUUUCCAAGAAGGGCUCUGUUCUUGUCAAAGAGAUUCAGACCAAUGGGAAACGCAUCGCUCAGAACGGUAGACUUGUGCUGCAAUCGAAAUCUGGCGUUUCCCACCCCGGCGAUGACGAUGCCGAGGCGUUCAAGACGCUUCGCUUCCAGAGCAGCAUUGACAACGUCACUGUCACCGACCAGAACUCGGCAAGGACUUUAGUCACUGUGAGGGGAAAACAUGCGGCAGCAGAUAACUCUCGUCACGGUUCUUGGCUGCCCUUCGUGGUUCGAUUCUACCUUUACUCCGGUUCUGAGUCGAUCAAGAUUAUCCACAGCUUGGUCUUUGAUGGAGAUGCUGAGAAGGACUUUGUUGCUGGUGUCGGUCUUCGCUUCGAUGUCCCCCUCAAGGGUGAAGAGCUUUACAACCGCCAUGUUCGAAUCGCCGGUGUUGACGGUGGCCUCCUCAGUGAAGCCGUGCAGGGCAUCACUGGUCUUCGAAGAGAUCCUGGUGCGAAUGUCCGAGCCGAUCAAUUCGACGGCAAGGAGCUUCCUGACAAGUCCACCUGGGAUGUACGUGUCUCCAGUCGACUGCGCUGGAUCCCACCGUGGAACGACUACAGUUUGACACAACUUUCAGCCGAUGGUUUCACUCUGAAGAAGAGGACCAAGGCUGGCCAGAGCUGGGUGACCAUCCCGGGAGGCACUCGUGCAGAGGGUCUUGCCUACCUCGGUGGUGCAACAGUUGGAGGUCUCGCUGUAGGCCUCCGUGACUUCUGGAAGCGGUUUCCAACUGGUUUCGACAUUUCAUCUGCCGCAUCCGACGUCGGAAGCAUCACGCUUUGGCUGUACAGCCCAUCUGCAGAACCACUCGACCUUCGACCUUACCAUGACGGCCUUGGUCAGAAGAACUACACUGACAACUUGGAUGCACUGGAGAUUACCUACGAAGAUUGGGAGACGGGCUUUGACACACCUUACGGAAUCGCCCGCACCAGCGAGUUGUACUUGAUUGCCUUCGACAAGACUCCUUCGCAGGAUACACUCGCCAGCCACGUCACUCAGAUCAACAACCCUCCUGUGCUUGUCGCCGAGGGUGAAUACAUCAGAAAGACCGAGGCAAUCGGCACCUACUGGGCUCCCGAGGAUAGUUCCACCGCUGCUUCCAAGAAGCUCGAGGAGAACAUCAACUUCCUCGCCAAGUUCUACCAGGACGAAGUUGAGCACCGUCGAUGGUACGGCUUCCUCGACUUUGGCGACUUCAUGCAUACAUACGAUCCUGAUCGUCACGAGUGGCGGUACGACAUCGGUGGUUACGCUUGGGAUAAUUCGGAGCUCUCCCCCGAUCUGUUUUUCUGGCAGUACUUCCUCCGUACCGGCCGAGAAGAUAUCUACCGUUUUGCCGAGGCUCUGACCCGACACACUGGUGAAGUCGAUGUUUACCAUCUUGGCAACUGGAAGGGUCUGGGAACUCGACAUGGUGUGCAGCACUUCAGCGACAGUGCUAAGCAAGCCCGUAUCUCGCAACCCCAAUACCGCAAGUACUUCUACUACCUUUCUGGUGGAGACGAGCGUAUUGGUGAGUUAUUCGAGGAGCUUCUCGACACUGACAAGACCUACGGCGUUCUUGACCCUCAGCGAAAGGUUCGCAAGGACGGAUGGGUGCCUACGCCAAAUGCAACUGUUGCGUUCAGCCUGGGUACAGAUUGGGGCGCUCUUGCAGGUGGAUGGCUUAUCGACUGGGAGCGUCGCGGGCCUCGAUGGGAGGAGUCCAAGGCCAAGCUCACCAGUACUGUCAAGAGCAUUGCCAAACUCAAAAACGGUUUUGUCACCGGCAACGGACUCUACAACCUACAGAACUGGACACUUGGCCCACCUCCUGCUGAUCCCGACAACAAAGGUCACGUUGAGGUUUCCCAUUUGUCUGCUGUCUUUGGACUCCCCGAAGUCGUAUCCGAGCUCAUCCUGUAUUACGGCAAUGAUCUUCCCGAAGGUUUCAAGCAAGCUUGGCUGGACUACUGCUACUACUUCGAGGCAACUGCGGCUGAGCAAAAGGCUCGGUAUGGCGUAGAGUUUGGAAAGCUCAACUUGUAUCAGGGCCACUCGCGACUCACGGCUUAUGCUGCGAGCCAGGGCAAGAACGAAACUAUCGCCAACCGGGUUUGGAAGAAUUUCUUUGAGACUGACGGGUUCAAGGCGCCGACUGCUACCUUUGCUACGACUGAGAUUCCUGACCAUGAGGGUUUAAUCCCUGGAAAGGAGGCGCCUUGGAUUUCUACAAACGAUGUGGCCCAGUAUGGACUGGCUGUCAUCCAGAAUCUUGCGCUGGCUAGGGAUGCUUUGGAGAAUUACAAGCCCAUUGUCUAG